UUGACCACUUUGGACAACUGCUGCCAGCCAUUCAGCAGAAAAGUCAUGGAUCGUCAAUCAUUUGAUCAGCUGAGAACCAGGAAAGAUUUAUCUAGACAAAGACUGUCACACAAAAGCCAUCACUCAAGAAGGCCUACUAAAGCAGAGUCGGCACCGAAGAUAGAAGCCCCGCAAACACAAUCCGAGCGAAAAGAGGAACGAAGCGCGCACCGACGAAAGAAAAUUGCAGUACCGAUAACUGCGGCAAUUUUCCUUGGAACAGCCUUUGUCGGACUCUUUCUGUACUGGCGCGUCUGGAAGCAGAGCUCAGUGGCUAGGGCCAAGCACUGUACGAACAAGGCAUGCAAGCUGGCUACUGCACAAUAUGAAGCGAUGCUCAAUGCAACCUUUGCCCCGUGCGAUGACUUUUACAUGUACGCCUGUGGGGGUUGGCUUGCUCGAGAGUCUAGGAAGACCUCUUACGUAGAGGACAUCUAUGCAACGGUCAGUGAGGACGCUCACACUCUUCUGUACGGUCGCAAUAUCGGUACGCCGGAUCGGGAUCCCUUUUGGAACCUUGUGACUUUCUACAGGAGCUGCUACGAUUUCAGGGCAAACCAAGACAUUGCUGGUGAGGCUCAGAGGGCGAAGCGAUACUUGGAGACAGCAGAGUGGCCACGAGACGACGCCUACACCUUGUUGGAGACCCUGAUUCGCCUCAGCCUUGCCAAAGGAAUACCGACAGUCUUUGAUAUCUACAUAAGACCGUGGCGUGAAUUCGGGAAGCCACCUAAUACAACAAAGCACUUUAUAUUUGUCCGACUGGGUGAAUCUAUAAGCAAAAUGAUAGCACCAACUUCGGAAGAGUUCCUCCCAAAAAUCUUAAAGCCAUACAUCAACUCGAUCUUGGAUGCAGUUCCGCAUGACCUGUCUGAUGAUUUCGUCAACAAUUUGAUCGAAUUUGAACAUACGUUCCAGAAAUUGUCAAAGGAAUCAAGAAAGUCUGAGAAAGUUCGUUUGGGUUACAGAUCAUUUCCUGCCUUUCCACCUCAGCUUCAAUGGCGGGACUGGAGACAAGCUAUUCAGCGUAGCCUCCUUGAUCCGGGUAAAGUAGAGGACGAGCCGUUUGUAUAUAAUAUGAGUGCCUUGACGAACGUAACGAAUAGACUCUUUAUUGUGGAUUCCAUGUUACGUGUUUCUUACGUAUCCCUUCUGGCCAUCACGAACGUACUUCGGUAUCGUUUCCAGGGGGAAAUGAGCCAAGAUACGUGCGUAAGAUUAGCAAUGGAGCACUUUCCUGUGAACACUAUUUAUCUUCUCAGCGAGAAACGGAUCGUCCCCACGCUUCAGGAUACUUUCACUAUGUUCGUAAAAGGUAUACAAAGCCAAGUUAUAAAAGAAGUAGCGAAGGCGACGUGGAUGACUAAAAAUCAUUUGCAAGCAAUAACAAAUAUGAUUAAUGCGCUCGACCUCGUGGUGCCAGAGACGUUACCACCACUACUCAGCAGAGAUGUGCCCCCGAUGUCCUCGGAGUUCACGAAAAACUACGUCCUUAUCAGCAACUAUACUCGUGCACUUGAAAACAAAUACCUCGAAUUCAGGACAAGUUUCUCACAACUACUACGUGCAAGUGUUCAAAUAGAAGAAGGUACGAAUGACUUGGGGUUCACCAAUGCUAUAAUGUGGAAGCCGUGGUUCUACGAUCAGAAGGAGGACACCUACAUCAACUACGCCACUGUGGGAGUACGGACAGGCAUUGCGUUGUUCAAGUUCGUCCUGGAGGAAUACAUGGAAAAGAAUCAGUCGCAGGUCAAUGGGAAUUGGAAAUCGGAUGUCACCUGCAUGCUGAGGCAAACUAGGCUGCUGUUGCAGAGGAAGUGGAGUGAGAGCUCGUUGGGAGCGGCGUACGCAGCCACUCGUGGAACGUCUGUGGCAUUAGGUUUGGCCUCUCCGUUCCCAGACAUCAAUGCGAAGCGAUUAUUCUUCGGACGACUAUGCCAGCAGUACUGUGAUCAGCUCGGUAAUAGUCCGUUUCAGUCCUCUACAGACUACAAUCAACUGAAUCCGCGCCUGUUGUGCGAAGUCGCUGUCCGGCAGCACCCACUUUUUUGGGAAGCAUUCGGUUGCUGGAAUUUCAAGGGAAACUGUUCAAUCAUGUGACACAUGACGUGUCCUGUUAUGGAGGCGGUGUCAAAUAAGUCCCGUAACUGU